GCUGGAAGAACCCCAGCGAGUGGGAGUGACGAUUCUGUCCUGCACCUCCCCUGAAUCCCCAGGUUCCCCACUGGAAGCUGUACUCAUGGGAAACAUAACCAAGAGAGGCAGCAAGGGGCGGGCGGCCAACGGGCCCCAGGCCCCGGGGGGCGGCACGGCGGCCACAGUGCACGUCCGGCUCUGCGAGGCCAUCAUGCAGCAGGACUGCGCCGCGCUCCGGGCCCUGCUGAGGAGCCACCCCGUCAACCAGCCCGUGACCAUCCCGGUCGACUCCACGGGUUGUAGCAUGGGCCACUCCAGGCUCUACCUCAACCAGGAGACGCUGUCCUUCAUCCCCAUCCACCUGGCAGCCAAACACCGGAAGGCACAGAGUCUGCUUUGUUUGUUGGAGCACGGGGCUGACCCAGAAGUCCGGGACACGGAAGGCCUCACCACCCUGCACCUGAUGCUGCUGAACUGGCCCAUCACCUCAACCACAUGGACGAAGCCGAGGGACAGGAUCCAGAUGAUGCUGACGGACAUCCAGAGCAACGCCGUCCUCUGCCUCCGCAUCCUGUGUGCGCAUGGGGCCCAGGUGAAUGCGCAGGUGGACAGCGGCCGCAGGCACUGCCCGCUGCACCUGGCCACCAUGUACGGGACCCACCUGGUCCUGCCCAUCCUGGCGCAGAAGGGGGCCCAGGUCAACGCCCAGAACGGAUCCAGCAUGACGCCCCUGCACAUGGCUGCCGACAAACUCAACAAGGAGAUGAUGGAAACGUUGAUUGCCUGGGGGGCCAAUGUCAACUGCGCCAUCUCCUCCACGGGCAACACGGCCCUGAAGCUGGCGGUGUGCACCGCGUCGAGCAAGGCCGGCCGGCUACUGGCGGCAGGCCUCGGCUGCAUUCGCCUGCUCCUGGUCCACGGGGCCCAGGUCAACGCCCAGGACCACGACGGUCAGGCCGCCAUCCAUGAGGCAUGUUUCGGAGGCAGGGAGGCGAUCAUCAACCUCCUGCUCAAAUUUGAAGCCAAUGUGAACAUCUUAACAAGAAACGGGGAGUCUCCGAUAUACAUGUACCUCCAGCGUGGCUCCAACAUACGAGACACGGCCCUUCUCGCCAGGUUGCUCUUCCACUCUUACCCUCUGAGGCUGACCAACCACCAAGGAAACCUGCCUGCAGGAAUCCUGCUCCCAGAAUUCCACCUCCUAAAGGAAACCCUCCUAAAACUAACUCAGAAGCCCUUAUCCCUGGAAGACAUCUGUAAAAGAAGUGUCAGAAAUAUUUACGGGGAGAAGCACAAACAGCUCUUGAAGCGACUUCUCCCGGGGAAGAUCUGGAAUUCUGUCUAUGGUUAUCACGACUUAGCUCAUCUCCUGAAAUAAGACCUCCAAGCUGCACAGGGCCAGGGCUCCAGUGACUCACUACCCUUUCUGGCUAGACAUGUACCCAGAAACACCUACACCGUAACCUUAUACAAAUGUACAAACUACUGGUUCUUAAAGCUUUUCAAAAAAUAAAGUGAUUUGCACAG